AUGCAAGCCGCACUCGAGCCUUUCCACGAGGCAUAUGCCACAGGACUGGCGCAGCCUGUCGCAGACUUUCUCAGCCCCAUCCCGCCGCCGCAUGACCCGGGGCGGCUCUAUGACUUCUACCGCGCAUCCAGCGAAGACAAGAUCGAGGGCGAUGUCCGCUAUGCGCUCAAGUACAACAAGAGCGCGCGCAUGACCAACAAGGAGAGCGGCGCGUGGGUUGACAUCAUUGCUGGCUAUUGGCGCGCCGUCAAGGAAAUCAUAAAGGCAGAUGAGGCUGCGAACCAGGGCAAGCUCAACGAGCGCCAUUACGUGGCCGUCUAUGACACAUGGAAGGACUUGACCGGCAGCUUCAUUAAGCACAUAUCGGCCGGGCUGCUGCCGCCGUGGGCCAUCUUUACUUUGUAUUUCACUGCGAACCAUCUUAGGAAGAUAGCUAUCCAAGCAGACGAGCAAUUGGCCAAAUCGAAGCCCGCGACCCUCAGCACAGGCUACUCAGACGAUGUCGUGAGCGCUGUGCCCCAGAACCAGAAGCUUGAAGAAGCCGCGCGGGUCUUUAACAGGAUAUUUGCGCUGUGCCUUGGUGAUAGGAAUCCAGACAUGUCAGAGUCGCGUAAAUGGGGUGUUUACUGCAUAGCCAAUCUGCAGUUCAAGACGUACUUCAAGUUGAAAGCCAUCAGUUUGUCUAAGAACAUAGUGCGAUCAAUCGAGGCACAGUCUGACCUACCUUCAUUCGCAUUAUACCCGCGAGCCCACAGGGUGACCUACAAAUACUAUCUCGGAGUGCUGUCAUUCCUGCAGGAGGACUACACCAAGGCGGAAAGUAGCUUGCAGGAAGCAUGGGACUCGUGCUAUUCGCGGUCACAACGGAACAAGUCUCUGAUCCUCACCUACCUCAUUCCCUGCCGCCUCAUCACGAAGCACAAGAUUCCGACACCAAGUCUCCUGUCAGAAGCCCCGCACCUCGAACGCACAAUGGGACCGCUCGUGACGUGUAUAAAACGAGGAGACCUAACAGGCUUCGAUCGGGCUCUAGCACAGGGUGAGCCUGAGUUUGUCAAGCGGCGUAUAUUCCUUACUCUCGAGCGAAGCCGCGACAUUGCUCUGCGCAACCUUCUCCGAAAGGUAUACCUUGCUGCCGGCUUCGACGAACUCAAGGAAGGCCAGACAGAAAAGGACAGAAUACGAAGAUCACGUAUACCCUUGGCACAUUUUGCGGCCGCGCUUAGAAUGGGCACUGCAGGCGAAGGCAGCGGCCAGGUCGUAGAGGACGAUGAGGUUGAGUGUCUAUUGGCGAAUCAAAUCUACAAAGGCCUCAUGAAAGGCUAUAUCUCGCGCGAUCAUGGCAUAGUAGUCAUGAACAAGAAGGGUGCAUUCCCCGGAACUGGCGUCUGACGCAAGCUGUCUGCUGCCUUGUCAAUAGUAACCACACGCCUAUUCCUAUCGCAAAAUGCCAGUGGCUCUGCGCAUAUGCAUCAUACCAUGCACAUUUAAUUCAGAUAAGGGCUACACGCAGAAAAGCUCUAUCAGGCCGAUGGAACAGUGUCUCAAAACGGAGCUUUAGAAUCAAAAAGUAGUAAGUAGUAUACCCGAAACAGAUG